GCCAAAUACUUUGUCACCAAGGAUUCAUAACUAGCAUCCAGGCAACUCAGUUUCUCUAGUAUUGCCUGAUCUAUUGGAGUUUCGAUGCGUUUUGCGCAUCUUGAUUCACGAAUCAUUUAGCUUCUCAUUCCACCGUCAGCACUCCGCAAAAGGCUCCAAGUUGCUAGCGCAGAGGGGCCCUGGGGACGCGGCCGAUUCAGUGCUAGAUUCGAGUAGAUUUGAGUGGUAUUGUCAUUCUUGCUUUUCUUGCUACUUGGUGGGUGUCCUAGGAGGUCAACAAUAUCGAUUUCUCCCGUUCAUGUACAACUUCUAACAGGGAAUGAGGUUUGUAUCUGGAACCAGCCAGCUGACUGUCCCUUAGGCGAUGAAGCCCAGUGAGGGCCUGGGUGGAGCCAUCUUGACAUCUAGUGAGACACAAUCUAAAGUCUACUAAUCUCUAAAAGCGCAGAGGGACUUGUGGUGCAAUAACGUCUUCCCGCUAGACGGUGCUAAGCGGCAUCUGCGGCAUCUGGUGGGGAUCCAAAGGCUUAGCCUUACCGGGCCAACCAACUGCGGAUUCUGACUAUGUUACUACGUUUAUCCUUCCCAAUAGGGACUAAUGCCCAUGCACAACGCUGGAGAAUCAUCGUCCAUGUGUCCCAGGCGACCCGUUCUGGAUGGAAUAGGCGCGUCUGAGAAAAUUUUAGUCAGUCGGACAUGUGAGACUCAUGCUCGACUAUCUUUGAAUCAUGCCGUAUUACCCGUGGGGAAAGGUAUAAAAGGCAGGCAAGUGUACUCCUUUCAUUGCAGUCGACAGCAUUCAGUGUUCUCAAACUGGGAUUGCGCCUUCAACAUGAACUCUCUUGUUUCCCUUUCCAAGGCCGGAAUCCUUGCCACAUUGGUGGCCGCGGCUGCCGCUAAGUCAUGCAACACAGAGUCAGAUUUUGAGGUGACAUUCUACGGAUAUGCGGAUAACGACCCUCCUGGUGCUGAUAUAGCAUAUGAUUGCGGUCGAGGCUACAAGGCAGGCGGCACCGGCACUUACAAUGACCCCCUGACCUUCGCCACCGCUCCUGGUGAAUUUGCCAAGUGCGACAUCAUCUACCUGCCAUAUUUGCAGAAGUACCUUCGUUUUGAAGAUGAAUGCGAGCAGUGCACCAGCGAUUACAACGAUGGAAAAUUGCAUAUCGAUAUCUGGACUGGCCCAACCAACUCAAACGGUGGUAGCACGCUGCUCAAGUGCGAAGAGUCCUUGACUCCUAGCGCAUCUCAGAUCGUGGUCACCAACCCGCCAAACGGUUUGACAGUGAACUCUGGCGCUCUCUUCUCUUCUGGCACUUGCCAUACCUCAAACACGUAUCCCUCCGCCUCCAGUUCCAAAUCGGACUAUUGCAGCGGUUCGUCCUCGGGUGGAGGUGGUGGUCCUGACCCAACCACAUGCGCAUGGCCUGGGCAUUGUGAGGGCGCUUCUUGCUCCUCUGACAAUGACUGCUCUGACCCUUGGGGCUGCCACAACGGAGUUUGUGGUACUGGAUCUACUCCUCCUGCUCCUAUUGUCACUGAUUGCGCUUGGAAAGGCCACUGUGCUGGUACUUCCUGCUCUUCCGAUGACGACUGCUCCGAUCCAUGGUCCUGUAAGAGCGGCGUUUGCGCUUAAAGUCGCCCUUCCAUUUAUCAGUGAGGGUGGUAUCGGCCUACCUGGAGAACUGUACAUGAAUGGAAACUGAGCAUAGCCCUGUAGAGCUCAAAGAGUUGCAUUGGGCGAUUUUGUUUGUACACAGCUCCAUGUUCUAUGUUCCUAAGGGGCAAGUAAUGCCCAUCGACAGUCGUGUAUUGAUAAUAUCUGAAUAUAUAUGGGAACUGUUGGAGAUUUAUAUGGGUGAUUUAAAUGCUGGUGUUUCAACAUUUGGAUCCCUUAUAGAUGGUACAGGAGAAUACCUAUUCAGUGUCUCAUCAAGCAUUGACCCUCCUGGCAACCUGCAGGCAGUGGCAUCCAUUGUAACUGAGGGCUUUAGGCGCACAUCAGUGUAUAAUCAGCAAAUGGCCCAGCUCGGCAAUCAGCAAUGGGACGUGUUCUGUGAUAACAUUUGAAAUAAUCCACAAUAGGACAAAUCAACUGCAAGAGGUCCUGCUGCUAUACACCCCAUACAUACUAUUACUACCAAUUACAGUAAAAGAUAGCCAGCGAAGGCAGCUCGCCAAACACAGAGUAUGUAGCUAUUAAUGCAUGCUCU